CGUUCCACUUCCCGUCAUUUUGCAAUUGGAUUUUGUGGAGGGUAGUUGAACGUUUGGUGUGCUUUGAACGGCGUGUGCUCAGUGGUUUGUUCAGGACUUUGUGAGAAUACCGAAUACCAAAAUGGAUAAUUUACAAGUACACACCUACGAGAAGCUAAAUCUGCGUAAUUUCGAAGCAAAGAACAACAACAGCAUAUUUAUACAUGGUGUUUUAUAUUGUUUUGUUGCCUCAGAGAAUGAAAUCAACCCCGACGUAUGUGAUGAGGUUGUCCAGGUUGUGAUGCCGCCCGAAAUAGGAAACCAGAUCGUAAAAAUUAGUUACAUACCUUCAUGGAAUUGCAUUUUCAUCGCAACAAUUGCUCAUCUUACAACAUAUACUAUUGCUGGUGGACAAUUUACUACAACGCCAUACCAAGAAUCAAACUCCUCGAUUGUUCAAACUGCUUGGAAUCCCAACCAGUCGAUUCUUAUAGUAAUCAACGCGGCUGGCAUUAUAUCAGGGUAUAAUUACAAGCCACUGUUGGAGUUUGCCGAUGAUCAACAAUUCCGUAAUUUUACGACUGGAUCACUGCAUGAUGUUGCUCCAAACUCUAUAUAUCUGGGAUGGGGAGCUCGCAAUACCCAGUUCAAAGGAUCCAUGAGACAAGAAGAGUCCAAAAGAGCAAUACCGCUACCCCCUAGCGCACCGAUUGUUUCCUGGAGAGGCAAUGGAGAAUUAUUUGUCGUCAACUACUGGAAAGAUAGCAGGCGUUUCUUGAAAGUGUUCGACUGCAACAUCGUGCCAUUGUUUGAAUCAGAACCAUUUAACACCCUCUUUGCCGCCACAACAUUCAAAGCCCAAGGAAAUUUUAUUGCCUGUGCAGCUACUGAUGGAACUCACAAUAAAAUUGUAGUAUUUGAGAAAAACUGCCAAGUGAAGUCAUCCUUUUUCGUGGUGGAAAGCAGGGGUCUAAUUAUAGACGUCCAGUAUCAUGGAACUCAGCAUGUACUAGCUGUUCAUAGCCAGCAUUUCAUGAAUAAUUUUGUGAAUAUUUACUUAUAUUCGAACGAUGUGUGGUACCUGAAGCAACAAUUGCUUUUCCCUUUAAGGGACGAAGAAGAUUUUUUAAGAUUUCAGUGGAUCAAUGAGAUGCAUUCAACGAGUUUCAAAUUUAGCAUUUUAACGUCACAAACCGUUUAUGUAUACGAAUAUAUAUUGGACACAUUUGGAUUGCAUAACGAUCUAAUUGGAGUUAUUAACGGACCUACAGUGCUAUUUACUGAUUUUUCCAAGAUUAUGCCCCCGCCAAUGUCUUCUCACAGUAUAACAUUUGAGAGGCCUGUGAAUACUCUAGUGUUUUACCCGGCUGUAAAUGUUUACGGCUUCUUCUUAUGCGACGGUCGAGUGAUAUACUAUCAGUAUCACGGAGAAAAAUUUCACAGUUACGACGGUGCUUUAUUGGCUAAUGAGAAAUCAACCUUGAACACCAUGUCAUCCUAUGAAAAAGUUUGCAAUGGAACUCUCUAUAAGAUAUAUCUGAAUACCCAUCAAGAAUUAAUUGUAUGCGGUCGAAAACUGGCAUCUCAUAUUUUGUCUGUUCAUAUGCACGACAAUUAUUUGCUGUUCAUAUCUAUUUAUGCCGAGAGCAGCAAAUUAUUUUGCAUGCGCUUCACACCAGAAAAUAUUUCCAAUUUUCAAAUGGAAAACACAUUUUCGAGAAACGUAGAACAAGGAGCAAAAAUAAUUUGCGUUACCAAACAAGAUGACAUUAUCUUAGUCAUGCCGAGAGGCAACUUCGAGACAAUAACUUCUCGCUUAAUUUCCAUUGAUACCAUAGAACAUCUUCUAUCAAGAGACGAGUGGGACGCUGCAGUUACUCAAAUUAAACACCAGAAACUGAAUUGGAAUCUGCUUAUUGACUUGAACAUGCAUCGAUUUAAUGACCAUGUUAGCGAUUUUAUUGCGGCUGCAAUAAGGGCUAAAGUGUUAUCAAUCGUAGUUUCAGAAAUGUCAACUGAAAACUGCCUGAUAACAUUAUAUGAAGAAUGGACCAAACAUGGAACGAUUUUAACCACUUCUGUACUGUAUGACGACGUUAAAGAGCUAACAAAGGCUGACGUUUUUAGGUCUAUUCUAAAUAAACUUGUGCAGUUAAAUCCCGUUCAGCAUCUUAUUUCCAUUGUGAUUCUCCAACUUAAGCAUUAUUCCGUAAAAGCAACUUUGAAAACCAUUUUGCAAGUUUUUGCAUCAAACGACAUGGUAUCCACAAAGGCUGCACUUGCUGAAGUUCGUCGGCAUAGAGAAAUGGCGGUUAUCAUCAAAGCUGCAUACACCUUGUAUGACCUUGAUUUCCUGAAGUUAGUAUACUCAAUCUCUCCUAAAGAUCCGAAAAUUUACCUGCCUGAAAUAGAAAAACUGCGAGCUAUGGAUGAAAUUGACUUGAGAUUCACCAUGAGUCUUCAAGGGAGAGAAUUUAAGAAUGCCACCAGAUAUCUCAUUCGAUCAUCCACCAAAAGUGAUUCGUUUGUAAUAGAUUUUAUAAGGAAAUACGGCACACAAUAUGCUGCUUACCAUGAUGUAGUUCCAAAUCAUGAGCGUUUCGAGCUUGUUACGCUAUUAUAUGCGGAUUACCUCGGAAUGAAAGCCCAGCAUAACGAGGCAGGCCUCAUCUUAGAGCGUGCAGGACUUAAGGCGGCAGCACUGGUCCGUUACAAAAUUGGGCGAAAUUGGAGAAAAGUUGUCAGUCUUCUCAAUGCGCUCGAAAUGCAGGCAGUUAAGAAGAAGGAAACUCUUACAUCAUUGGCGCAAGAUCUGGCCAACCAUAAGCAAUUUGACGAUGCCGCUUUGGUAUAUGAACACUAUUGUUCUGAUCAUAAGGCUGCCAUUCAAUUACUUAUCGAGGCCAAUAUGUUUGAAAGAGCUUUGUGUGUAGCUCAAAAAUAUAAUUCAAAUUACUUAAUUGAGACUGCCAUUCAGCCGCGGUUAAAGAAGUAUAGAGAAGAACUUUAUGACCGCAUGAUGGAAUUGGACAAAAAUUUCAAGGAAUAUACCGCCAGGCUGUUGACACUCAGGAAGCAGAAGUAUGAAAAGCUGAUAUCUAGUACAAGCGUCAAUGUGUUUGGUUUUGAAUUUGAUGAUACUGACUUGCAAUCUGAUGAUAACAUUUCCGAAUAUGCCAGCAUUGUUUCUGCGAGUUCAAUGGCAACUUCUAGUUCUAGAAAUUCAAGAAGCUCUACGAUUUCUUCCCGCAAUCGACGAAAGUUGGAGAGAAAGAAGAUAAACCUCCGCCCGGGAAGCGUAUACGAAGAUAUUGCCUUAAUAAGGCAAUUGUAUUUAUUGGCAAUGGACUUACCCUCUCUUUGUCAAGAGAUUAGGGCAUUUUCCUUUUCUUUAGUGGACGAUAAUUAUGAGUUUACCAAAAAGUUGCGAGACGAUUUUGCAACUAUUUAUUUCGCUGUGCGCGAUGCUAUUCCUCGAAUUUGGUCCAAUAUUUUCUUGCAUGCUGAACCAUCGGGAGAUCCUGCCGAUAUAGCUGUUAUUGGAAAUCGCGAUGAGAUGGAUAAACAAUUCCUGACUCCACCACAACUGGAAAAGCUGAGCAACUGGCAUUGGUAAAAUGCAUUUGAAGUUAUUUGUUCUGUUUAUUUUGUUACGUUUUCUCACUGUUUUAUGGCUUGACCAUGUUUUAGUACAAGCGACAAGGCUACUGAAAGUAGCUGCGAAUUAGAAGUAAUUUUAUGUUUUGUUUUAUACGAUCAGAUAUGUUAUUAUCUGGGGAAGUCGAGAUUUGACUAGAAAAAAUGUUCAGCAGUUCGUUUUAAGUAAAGAAAACUAAAAAGUAUUUUUAUAUAAAGUUUAAAGUUUAACGUUAAGUGAAAGACUAUGUGAUACAUCCGUAGGUUAGGUUGUUUUAUCACACUGGACUGUAUUGAUUACAAGGUCCAAGUUGCAUUAAUAAACUUAAUGAUUUAAUAAA